UCUUCUCCCUCUUCCUCAUCCCAUCCUCCAUUCAUAACUUCUCAUUUCUCUCUGCAAUCUCCCGCUUCAUCAACUAUGGUUCUCUCCAAGACUGCCUCUCAGACCGACGUCUCCGUCCACUCCACCUUCGCUUCUCGCUAUGUCCGCACCUCUCUCCCGAGAUUCAAAAUGCCGGAAAAUUCGAUUCCGAAGGAGGCCGCGUACCAGAUCAUCAACGACGAACUCAUGCUCGAUGGAAACCCUAGGCUCAACUUGGCCUCCUUUGUCACCACUUGGAUGGAGCCUGAGUGCGAUAAACUCAUCAUGGCCGCCAUUAACAAGAAUUACGUCGAUAUGGAUGAGUAUCCUGUCACUACAGAACUCCAGAACCGAUGUGUGAACAUGAUAGCACACUUGUUCAAUGCCCCACUGGGAGAGUCAGAGACGGCGGUGGGAGUGGGGACUGUGGGAUCGUCGGAGGCCAUAAUGUUGGCUGGUUUGGCUUUCAAGAGAAAGUGGCAGAACAGAAUGAAGGCUGAAGGCAAGCCUUGUGACAAGCCCAACAUUGUCACUGGAGCUAAUGUCCAGGUAUGCUGGGAGAAAUUUGCAAGGUAUUUUGAGGUAGAGCUGAAGGAGGUGAAACUGAGGGAAGGUUACUAUGUGAUGGACCCAGAGAAAGCUGUGGAGUUGGUCGACGAGAACACCAUCUGUGUUGCAGCCAUCUUGGGUUCCACCCUCAAUGGAGAAUUCGAAGACGUUAAGCUCUUAAACGAUCUCUUAGUCGAAAAGAACAAGGAAACUGGAUGGGACACUCCAAUCCAUGUUGAUGCUGCAAGCGGAGGGUUCAUUGCCCCAUUCAUAUACCCUGAGCUGGAGUGGGACUUCAGGCUACCAUUAGUAAAGAGCAUUAACGUGAGUGGGCACAAAUAUGGGCUCGUUUAUGCUGGAAUCGGUUGGGUCAUCUGGAGGAACAAAGAAGACUUGCCUGAAGAACUCAUCUUCCACAUCAACUAUCUCGGAGCUGACCAGCCCACUUUCACACUCAAUUUCUCAAAGGGUUCCAGCCAAGUGAUUGCCCAGUACUACCAAUUGAUCCGCUUGGGCUAUGAGGGAUACCAAAACGUGAUGGAGAACUGCCGGGAGAACAUGAUAGUGCUGAAGGAGGGGCUGGAGAGCACAGGGCGGUUCAACAUAGUGUCAAAGGACGACGGGGUUCCGCUGGUGGCGUUCUCUCUGAAGGACAACUCGCGGCACACGGAAUUCGAGGUGUCGGAGAUGCUGAGGAGAUUCGGGUGGAUCGUGCCGGCGUACACGAUGCCGCCGGACGCGCAGCACAUAACGGUGCUGAGAGUGGUGAUAAGAGAGGACUUUUCUCGAACACUUGCUGAGCGUCUGGUGAAGGACGUGGAGAAAGUGCUGCACGAGCUGGACAGCCUGCCGUCGAGGGCGGACUUCAAGACGACGGUCGCCGGAGAAGAGACGCAGAAGAACGACGUCGUUGUGGCCAAGAAGAGCGCUCUCGAGACGCAGAGGGAGAUCACCACGGUUUGGAGGAAGUUCGUCAUGGAGAAGAAGAAGACCAAUGGAGUUUGCUAGAGAUUCAUAAAUUUGAAAGCUAAGGAUAAUUUUUAUUUUUAUUUUUAUUUUUAUUUUAUGUAAUAAUCUUAUCAAUUUGGAAGAGUGUUUGUGCCUUCUUGUGGGUGUUUUUAGAGUUUAUUUUUUCCUUUUUCCAAUGGUUCAAGUUGUUGUUUCUCUUCCAUUCAACUCUACAAACUUGCUAUGUUUAUUUACACGAGGUUUAUUACAAUUUUAGUCC